AACAAGUUUUUUUGUGAUAAGACGCGAUAUCGGUUGUGCUAAUAUUAUCUAGAUUUAGUGUGUCACCUGUGGUUCUCGUGAGAUGUACCUGUAAAAAAAAGUAGAAAAAAGAAACCAUAAAAAUGCCCACAACGGAAAACGCAACGCUUCAACGAAUCCAGAAAGAAAUUUCGGAAGUUAUCGAAAGAGAAAAGGAGUUAAGAAGCCUUCAAAAUGGUAAUACAACUAAUUUAAAUAAUAAAAGUGAUGAAAGUGAUCACGAAAAUCAAGUAGAAAAAGUUGAUACACCACCAGAAACCAGACCUAUUCUUCAACAUAGUAAAUCAUUAGGAGCUUAUUCAUUUUCUAACAAUUCCAAUGGAAUAAAUAAUUCCAAUAAUAACACCGCGCUAAGAAAAUUUACUCAAAACCCCGCAGCAAAAGGAGUGAUGCAUAAAUUUAUUAAAUCGAGAGGAAAACUUACUGCAGCUUCUUUGAUGGGAUCACAAUCCGCAUCCUCUUCUCCAAGCAACUCAAGCGCACCUAUUUUAAAUCCUAACUCCCAAGCCCAAAUUUGGAAUAUUCCAGACUCUUUUGAACCACCAAAAAUAUUGGAUCCAUCGCAGUGUAUUAGAAAAGGUUUUAUUCCAUUUGAGGAAAAAUUAAAAAAGGAAUUGGAAGAUUUGCACAUGAGGGAAAUGGAGUUAAGGUCUGAAAGAAGGAAAUCGCAACCCGAUUUUAGUUCUUUGGUUGAAAUUGAACCACCACCACUAUUGGCGGAAGUUGGAAUGAAAAAGGCGAGAUCAAUGGCUCAGCUUUAUAACCCGGAAGAGUAUAAUAGUCUUAGUCCAGGAGCUUCUAACUUAAAAGCUGCGCGAUCUUUAGCUGCACUUUGCGACACAAACGAAGAAGAACUUGAUGCCCCAGGAUCACAUUUCCUAAUAAAUCAAUUUGAAGAGAUGAUUCAAAAGAAUCAAGGUGUUAGGUGUUGAUUGAAAUGGUUAUUAAGUCCAAGUAUUAAAUUGAGAUUCCUAUUUUUUGUCUUAUAUUACUAAAAAAAAUAAAAAUGAUAAAAAUUUUGUUUAGAGAUUUAGAUUAGAGUACAAAAAAUGGUAGCUUUCUUUCACAGGGUUUAAUUUACACUUAUUUUUUUGUGUGUUAUUAUUAAAUUCCCACUUUAAUAUUUCAAUUUUUGUAUUUAUUAAUAAUAUUUAUUGGGAAUUAAAAAGAGAAAGAUCAACGUUUUGAUUGAUGUAAUCAACUUUUCGUUCUUUUUUGAGAUUAAAACACAUAAACCUGCUAGUCUUUCGAGUUUUUUUAUUGUAUUAAUACUUUUUUGUUUUAAAAUACACCGCUUCCAGUGAAUUCCAAAGCCGCUUGUUUUACUGCCGUAAUCAACGAAAAUAAUUAAUGAUUUCGAUAACGAUCGCUGAUAACAAGAGGUCUAAUCGAUGUAACGCAUUUUACACUUAAAACAAUUCAACCAAACAGUAAAAACGUUUUCAGUGGUUUUUUUUUGUCGAUUUUUCCUUAAAUAAAUUGUUCAAUCAGUUGUUGAAUAAAAUUAUUUUAUCUAUC